UGUUUAUUAAUGAGCACGUGCGUACUAACCAUCAGCUGUUUUUAACAAAGCAAACAUAGUGAAAAAUAGACCAUCAUAAUUUUGAAAGAACAUCUCCUGAUUGCUUUACUACGUUUUAUAGAACCAAGUCCUACCACCGUCUCACACGCCGCUGGAACCAACACGCGUUGAAGAGAAAACAAGGAACGCGAAACAAACUUCGUUUAACCGAGAAAUAAGAGAACAAAUCAGACAACAGGAGCACCAUGAUCGCGAGCAGUCUAAUGUCGAGCAGAGAUCCCUUUCCCCUCGAGAAGUACCAGAAUGACGACAACUUCAGAGGAAAGCCCACCUGCACCAUGCCUAGGUUGUACAAAGAGGCCACCCAUCUGGACCAGCAGAAGGACCCCUGGAACAGACUGAACAUGACCCCCACUCUGCAGAGUGUGCGUCGCAUGGCCGCCCACCACGACCCCCUGGCCCCCCGGGACGCCCUGGACUUCGAAUUGAAGACUAGUUACGACCAACACGGGGACCUGUUCGCCCCUCACAACUACUCUGUCAUUCAGAGGGAGACGCUUAAAUUGCCUCACUCACGAGUGUUGAAAAACAGGGAAAAACCGACCAAACUGGCGCACAACCCCAUGUAUCCCCCUUUGAAGAUUGGGGAGGGGCAGAACAGACGGAGGAUGGACCCCAACAACAUCAAAGGGGCCAUAGUCGGCAUCCACACUGAGAUUACGAACCCUGGAUACUCCCGAAAGACAGACGGAGGCAUCUUCACAGCAUAGAAAGCCACAUACACCAGAGACUAAAAAAAUGUAGUAAAAUUAUUGAAAAAAUGGAGGCUUCGACUAUACAUUGCUCAAUAACAAAGACGUAUCAGACAUCAAGAGGUUCUUCUAGGCGCGGGGUUAUAUUGUAAAAUGUAAAAAUCAAUUGAACCAUCAAAUUGGAAAAUAUUUUAAAACCUAAA